GACGCAAGUGGCAAGCUCAUCUGCCUGCCUACCUGCCGAAACGGUUGGUAGCAGUAGCACUCCACCGCAGUCACACGCGCCCCUCCGCUCCCUCCCUUCCCUCCCUCUCCAUCGAUACGGCGCCAGCUCCGAGGCGGGACCGGAGGACGGCAUGGCGCGGCGCGCGGCAGCGGCGGCGAGGCUUCUCCGCCGCCUGGGCCCGCUCGCCGCCGAGCCGCCGAUGCGAGGAAUGCCUCAUCCUCAAUAUGAAUUUGCCAAUGGCACUGUGAAUUCUUGUAGAAGAUUCCAUAGCAUUCCCAGUCUGCAGCGUGCUCCCUGUGGACCUAGAACUAACGUGGAAACAUAUGAAGGCCAACGCAGUGCUAACCAGCCUCGUGAAGUUCAGAAGCGCACAUUUGGUUCUGCAGCAACACACAUUCAGAGGAAUCCAGCCUACUCAGAGCUGAACUCUGAUGAUGUUUCUUACUUCAGGAGCAUAUUGGGUGAUGGUGUAGUUGAGGAUGAAGACAGAAUUGCAGUUGCAAACGUAGACUGGAUGGGUAAAUACAAGGGUGCAAGUCAGCUACUGCUUUUACCAAAAAGUACUAUAGAGGUUUCUAAGAUUCUUUCAUAUUGCAACACCAGACGAUUGGCUGUGGUUCCACAGGGUGGCAACACAGGCCUUGUAGGUGGCAGUGUGCCUGUUUAUGAUGAGGUGAUUGUCAGUCUCGCAGGCAUGGACAAAAUCAUUUCCUUUGAUAAGGUAAAUGGUAUUCUUACUUGUGAAGCUGGUUGCGUGUUGGAGAAUUUAAGUACCUUCGUGGAAAAUGAAGGGUUUAUUAUGCCACUUGACUUGGGAGCAAAAGGUAGUUGCCACAUUGGUGGAAACAUUUCAACUAAUGCUGGUGGCCUGCGUUUCAUACGCUACGGUUCACUUCAUGGAAAUGUACUUGGUCUUGAAGUUGUCCUGGCUGAUGGGACUAUCCUUGAUAUGCUUACUACCUUACGGAAAGACAAUACUGGGUACGAUCUGAAGCACUUAUUUAUUGGAAGUGAAGGUUCGCUAGGAGUGGUCACCAAAAUUUCAGUACUUACACCUGCAAAGCUACCUUCAACUAAUGUUGCAUUUCUUUCCUGCAAUGACUACACAAGCUGCCAGAAAUUACUGCUUGCAGCUAGGAGGAACUUGGGUGAGAUUCUGUCUGCAUUUGAAUUCAUGGAUCAUCACUGUAUUGAUCUGGCUAUGCGACAUUUGGAGGGAGUUCAAAAUCCUUUACCUGCAUCACAGUACAAAUUUUAUGUUCUGAUUGAGACAACAGGGAGUGAUGAAUCGUAUGACAAAACAAAACUGGAAUCCUUUUUGUUGCGUUCAAUGGAAGAUGGUCUGGUAGCUGAUGGAGUCAUAGCACAGGACAUCAGCCAAGCAUCAAACUUUUGGCGGAUCCGCGAGGGUAUAUCAGAGGCAUCUGUCAAAGUUGGGGCUGUGUACAAAUAUGACUUAUCCAUACCUGUAGAGAAGCUCUAUGAUAUUGUUGAGAAAAUGCGCUGCCGUCUUGGUGAUAAUGCAGAGGUAUUGGGCUAUGGCCACCUUGGAGAUGGGAAUCUGCAUUUGAACAUCCUAUCAAGCAAAUACGACGACAAUACUCUUGCACAAAUCGAACCAUUUGUCUAUGAGUGGACUUCAGCACAAAGAGGAAGCAUCAGUGCAGAGCAUGGUUUGGGGCUAAUGAAAGCAGAGAAGAUUCACUACAGCAAAUCACCUGAAGCAGUGCAACUAAUGGCCUCCAUCAAGAAGUUGAUGGACCCCAAUUCAAUCCUGAAUCCCUACAAGGUUCUGCCGCAGUCUGUACUGUAGCUGAAGGAGAGCUGCGUAUCAUUGUAUUAAUAGAAGAAGAAAAGAGUUAUACAUAGACCUGAACACACACCCCACACACACCCUUGAAAAACUUAAGAACUACUCACCCGUUACACUAGGUACAGCGGCCAACACUGGAGCCAGUAAACUAACUCCCUCCCUGCACAGAGAGCAGGGUAAGGCCCCUAGCUCCUGCUAAGCUCCACAACUGUGCUUCUUCCAUGGCCAAGGAUAGAGCAGUGGCGACACUUGGGACAGUCCCAUUGAAGACGCAAUCAUUCCGGUGCCUCCAAAGGCUCCAGGCACCGAGAAUAACGAGAGAGUUUAGUCCUUUUCUGUAUGUCGCCCAAGACCGAAGCUUCCACUUUCUCCCACCAGUUGUCAAAGGAAGCAUCCUGAGACUGAGGGGCCAGCGGGGAGAGACCAGACCGCCAACAAGAGAGAACCAGAACUGCCCUCAUGUCAUGGGAUUAUGGGAGGCAUGCUGCGGUUUCUGAUCUGAUGGUACCAGUAGGUUACAAGAUUGCAAGCCCUCAACUUCACCGCGUUGACAGAGCUGAAAUAAGUCUUCUCUUUUUUUUUUGUCGAAGUGACAAGUGGUUAAAUAGAUUAAAAGCGCAUUGUACUUGUUUUAUGCUAUGUCAAAAUAGUGCAAGAAAAAAAGGUGGUGCAUACAA